AUGAGCUCUUAUGCGUCAGACGAUGAGACAGAAUUCAGACCAUCAACACGUUUUCUCGAAAACGAAAGAUCCUCCGUGCUUAAGACCAUCAAAAAUGAAUGGCACGAGAGGCGUACGGCCAUUAUUGCUGUCGUCUGCGCCGAGAAUGUGAAAAGGCUCGAGCGAGGCCGGUCCCUCAUCUUAGUCACGACCAAGGACUUUCUUCAGGAUGCUAUUCAAGACGUGAUUGAAAGCGAUACGCAUGAUCGAAAGUCUUAUAAGAACCUGACUAUGAUUGUGAGUGGAGCAAUCAUUGAUAUCAAAUUCGAUGUGCCUUCCGCCUGCGAUAUCCAAACUCUUAAGAUCCUCUACGCAAACAGAGGCAGCCGUCGCGACCAGCUGUUGGUUGACGGGUCAUCCACCUUCAAGAAUGAUCGCCUUGAUGAAUGGUGGGAAAGGAAAAGGUUCCAUCAUCGCAAACUAUACCUUGGUCGAGAUGUUUUCAUCAAGGUUGAUUCUAACAGAUCUGCGUGGCGCGGAUCUUCCAGCACCUUGAAUGAUUUCCAGAAAGAUGAGUUGCGCCGUCGGUUCGAGAAGAUGCGGGAGACCUCCAUGGAUGGCUCCUGGUGGGAACAAUGGAAGGGCUCAGUCGCUGUAAUCAUUGGGCUUCUUGUGGGGACUGGGAAGUUCCUUGCUGGUUUCGAGGUUUCUGCAAGUGGAGUUUUCAUUAACCUCCAAUUUGGUCCGGCAUGUCUACAGGUGGGCUCAACAACUCUCAACGCGUCGGCUGUGGUAGCAGCUAUUGGGCCCGGCGUUUUAUUUGGAGCAGGCGCUGCGGCGGCGGUGUACUUCAUUCCCUGGGAUGAUUUCUUCGAAUCGCUAAAAGGUGUUUUGUCUUGGAUUUGGACGGGGAUUAAGCAAGUCUGGACCAUGUUCUGCGACUGGCUUGCAAGGCAGUUCAAGGGUGUCGAGGAGAGAAACGAGUACGUGCCUCGGCCUAUGCGCUUCUCUUAGUUCUAAUUCAUAGCAUGAUUUGGUUCUUUUUUUUGGUUUUCUUUUUGGGAAAAUGGAAGAGAG